AUGGGUAAUUAUACAUCAACAGCAACUGUUACCAAUGAACCAGCAACGAUCAUCACCCACAGUACUGGUGUGCUGCCUCACAGUGCUUGUCGAAUUAUUCAAAACUUUCUUCUCGUCUGGCUCGAUGCCAAUUUUGAUGAAUCAGACAGUGAUUUUAAAAGUUCGCUGCAACAUCUUCGAAAAAUUGUGGCAUCCAUCACAACGUUUACGGAUGCUCAACAAUGCGUUAAUUUCCUAAGUGAAAUCAAAAAAGAAAAGGUAUUUAUGAUCGUAUCAGGUUCCUUGGGUCGUCAAAUAGUACCAGAAAUCGAAGCAUGGCCACAACUGGAAGCAAUUUAUGUGUUUUGUGGCAACCAAUCGGUUCAUGAACAAUGGGCUAAAAAAAUAAGCAAGGUUAAGGGUGUGUACACAAAAAUAGAACCAAUUUGUCAAGCACUUGAAGUCGAUCGACAACGAUGUGAUCAAGCUAUGAUCCCGAUCAGCUUUAAUGGUCGUGAUGCAUUAUUUAUGUAUACACAAUUGUUAAAGGAAGCGCUUUUGGAAAUUGAAGAUGACGAUGUCAAAUCGAUUAAAGAUCUCAUAGAAUAUUGUCGUCUACAAGAUGAUGUUGAUGAAGAUGAAAUAAAAAAAGUGCAGCGAGAAUACCGAAACCAGACACCAAUUUGGUGGUAUACGGCUCCUUAUUUCAUGCACUCAAUGCUCAAUCGUGGACUCCGAGAAAUGGAUGUCGAUAUUAUCCUGAAAAUGGGCUUUUUCAUCCGACAUCUACAUCAGCAUAUUACAAAAUUACAUUCUGAACAGCAAGGAAACAUGCCAACAAAUUUUCAAGCCUUCCGUGGACAAGGUUUGUCCAUGGAAGAUUUUGAAAAAAUGAAAAAAACCAAAGGAGGACUUAUGUCCUUUAAUAAUUUUCUGUCGACAAGCCGCAAUCGCAAGAUUUCCAUGGAAACCUUCGCACGACCAGCAGCAUUUAAUACAAAUUCAGUUGGCAUACUGUUCAUUAUGAACAUUGACACGGCUAUUUGCACAAAAUCAUCAACACCUUUUGCUGAAGUUACAAUUGAAGAUUACGAAUAUUAUUUUGAUCAAUUUUAA